UCCAUGCUGGAAACAGGUGCCUUCAUCUCAUUUGAGAAGCAGAAUGCAAGGGUGAGACUUUGAAUUAGACUUAUGAUUAGUCAUACGUUAUUCUUUGUUAAUUUAACUGUUUACUCCUGCUGUGAUCUAAAGUAUUAUUAUAACUAUUAUAAUGGCAUAUGAACAUAUCAGUGGAUAACAACCUCUAUCACAAUAUUUAGUUUAUUUAGAUCUAGUAUAUAUUUAGAUUAAAUACAUACUAAAACUAUGGUUAUGAUGAUUAUUUCUAGAUGCACUGCAGAAAAAAAAAUAUCUUAGUAUCUUAAGAAAUGGAAAUACUUUGAAUAUAGUCAAAUUAAGGCAGUAUUUCCUAUAAGAUAAAGGAAAUACCAAUUAAGCAAAUUUAAGACAAUAAGCCAAGUAUAAGAUUACUCAUUUCAAGCUGGAAAUUGUCUCGUUCUACAGGUAGAUCAUUUUGCAAAUUUUUUAGCAUCUAUUUCAAGAAAAAAAGCUAAAUUAUCCAUUAGAAUAGGAAUUUGGUUAAAAUUAUUUCUAGAAAUAGGUAUAAUAAUCUUAUAUUGGGUUUAUUGCAAUCUUAUAAUAGGAAAUACUAGGUACUAGACUAUAUUCAAGAUACUUUCAUAUGCUAAGAUGGUAUUUUUUGCAGUGUGUAAUGUGUGUAACAACUGGUACCAAAGUAGAUUUUAAAUGUGCAGAAAUUUAAUGAUUUAAAUGUAUUUCUGUGAUCAAAUCGUUUCAAAUACACCUUAGAAAAUAUGCACUAUUGCCAAUGCAAUUGAUCUCAUAUGUCAUCUUCUUCAUAUCAGGGCUGGCUUUGCAUUUUUACAGCCCUAAAAUAGACCUUACACCUGUUCAUUUUUACAAGUUUGUCAGUGUUUAAAAAAAAAAAAAAAAAAAAGUCAUUAAGAUAACAGUAAUGCUGUGAGAAAAGCAUAUUGUGGCAUACUGUAAUGGAAUAUUGCUGUAUUGCAUACAUUUAUUUUAUGAAUUACAAAAUCACCAAGGUUUGGUACCAUACACUCAUUCAACAAUGUUUUGCCUUAGGAUUGUGUGAUAAUUUUCUCAUUUUAGCCUUGAAGAGGAAACGGCAAUGCCUGCGUGCAUGACACUGGUGUCUGCACGUGUGCCGUGGCACAGCCUGUACAGUCUGACAGACAGCUUGGACUGUGAUCCAGAUAACGAGGAAGAAGAAGAUUCAUCCAGGCACCUCACACCUCUGCAAAAGCUAAUGCUGGAUAUGUGUCAUGAUGAAAAAACCAUCAAACAGCUGAAUGUGGGGAAAAGGGUGGGGUUCUAUAAAGUCUGUGGUGAGAUCGGGUGUGGAAACUUCUCCAAAGUCAAACUGGGCUUCCAUGCCCUUACCAAGGACAAAGUGGCUAUCAAAGUCCUGGAUAAGAUGCGACUGGAUCUACAGACCCAGAGGAUGUUAUCCAGAGAGAUUUCCAUAAUGGAGAGCUUGUAUCAUCCAAACCUGCUUCGGCUCUACGAGGUGUUGGAGGCAUCGAGUCGAUUAUACCUGGUGCUGGAGUAUGCCGGAGGGGGAGAUCUGCACACCAGGAUCAGCAUUCAGGGAAAACUCUCUGAUCUCGAAAGCAAACUUGUGUUUGCCCAAAUCCUGUCUGCAGUAAAGCACAUGCAUGACAACAAAAUCAUCCAUCGAGAUCUAAAGGCAGAAAACAUCCUCUUCACCAGCAACUACUACGUAAAGGUGGCUGACUUUGGCUUCAGCACAAACAUCAGCAACUGCAGCCAGAUGUUGGACACCUUCUGUGGCUCCCCUCCGUACGCAGCACCAGAGCUCUUCAAAGACGAGGCCUACAAGGGGCCACCUGUAGACGUGUGGGCUAUGGGAGUCCUUCUUUUCUACAUGGUGACUGGCACCAUGCCUUUCCGUGCUGACACUGUUCCUAAGCUACGCCGCUGUGUACUACAGGGAGUUUAUGUUCUUCCCACAUGGGUAUCUGCUCCAUGUCAGCGCCUGAUCCGGGGGAUCCUCAAGCCCGAGCCUACAGAACGCUGUGCUCUGGAUCAGAUGCUAGGCUGUGACUGGCUGCUCCCAGUGGAGAUUCUGCGUCCCAUUCCCCAGUUGUACCAGCUUAACCCUGUCCAUUUGCUGAAGCUGGGGCCAGGAUGGGCAGAGCAGGAAGAGGUGCAUGCUGCCCUACAGGAACUUGGAGUCACAGAGGAACACAUUCUCAACAACCAGCGCAAGAAUAGUCAAAGCCCUUUAACGGGUAUCUAUCGUAUUGUACUCCAUCGGAUACAAAGGAACAGGGGAACUGAAUGUCUGCCUUUAAUCACAGAUGUAAUCAAAGACCCAAAGCGAGACGGUCUUCGCGCCUACAGGAAUUUACGACACACCUCGAAACUGUGUGUUAUCUCUUAAUGAGCUUAACUCUGAUGUAAUGGGUUUUACUUGUUCUAGUUCACAAGGUUCAUUAUCUUACAUGGGGAGCUCUGCUGUCAAUAGGCUAUGUGAAACCUAAAGAAAUCCUAAAUCCUAAAUUUUAAAAAAUUAGAUGAAAAUCUUAAUAUAUGCUUUAGGAAUAUGAAAGGACUAGGCCUUUUUUGGAGGCUCCCCAUAUACUAUGAUUAGACGAUUGCCUCGUCUGUUUCACAUCACCUUCUUGUUUCAACUUGUCACAUUGCUAUUAGUCCUACAUUGCCCCUGUCCCAAUUUUUUGGAACGUGUUGCAUGCAUUAAUUUCAAAAUGAGUGUUUAACUUUAAAAAAUAUAUAUAUGCACUUGAUUAGUUAAAACAUCAAAUACCUUGCCUUUAUACAUUUUCUGUUUAAAUACAAGUCAA